AAUACCCCGCGUGUUCGCUCGGUUCUUGGGGUAUCGUCGUUGGCCCUCGGCCCAGUUUCGGCGAGAACAUCGCGCGCAGCGACUGUCGUCAGCGCUCCUUCGUUUCUCUCUGAGCUGACGCUUCCACCUAUCAGCUGCAAACUCUAUCGCAACGAGAGGUGCCGGAAAGUCUCCGUGAGGCGCGCUCGCGCAAGAACUGCGGUGCUGCACCACAACGACGGAUAUUGCAAGUUCCCCGGCUCUGUGGUUCGACGGUGCAGACGACGCCAAGUCACACGUGCCCGCUUGCCUUCGCUUGUCCGCCACCGUUUGCGCCGGAUUUUCUAAAGGAACGCUAGUGGCAGGGUUCUGGAGUUGUGUUUCGUGUGUGGUGUGCUGAACCGGGUCUGGUGCUAGUGGUCACACACGCGAAGCGAAGGGACACCGCUGACGGACGUUCGCGUUCUUUGCGGAGGAUCGACUCUCCGCCUGACCCCCGCUACGAGUUCCUCAACUCCAGCUGUCUCCAAGGGCUCGACGUCGAUCAACGGAUAGACGCGCUCGGGACUAACAAAGUGUGCAGCGCCCCCGCAGACUCUCGCUCACAAAGAGACAGCGCUCACCCGGAAGGACUGCGCAAGUGACUUGACAACUCCAUCACCGAAUAACGUCCAACUUUCAGCCACGUGCAUAAGUAUAGCGAAACAUCCUGCCAAACCAUUCCGUUUCACUCGCUGCUGCAUCGCUUCCCUGUGUCCCGGUACAGCGUCGAUUAGCUCUCCCGUGUAUAGUCCCCGUGCGCUGCCUCGCACUACCGCACUUUCACUUGUGAAGUGAGAAUCGCACUGUCUUGUGCCUCAUCGUUUUCGCUGUUCCUUCGCAUCGCACGGGCGUCCGUCGCCGACUCUUUAAACCGAAGUGGAGCCUUCUCGGCGCUGCGGCGCAGCUUCCUGCCUAGCGCGCGCUCGUUCGCGCGGUUGUCACCACGGCGGUAGACUUCUACAUCGGCGACGACGAUGACGAGUCUAUGUCCAAGGAGCUGGACUCGAAGACCCUAUGCCAGCUCCAGUCGAGCCCCUCCCUGGCCAGCAGCGUCACUGGCCUCGGAUCGGCGGCCACCAUCGCCACGGUGGCAGCGGCGGCGGCACAGCAUGGCCCGCCCAGCGGCCUGCCUUCGCCCACGGACAACGGGCCCGCCCUACCGCCAGGAGUACCGCCAUCAGCAGCGGCAAUUGCCAUGAUGACGGCUUCGGCGGCGGGCGGAGACGAAGAAGUAGAUGACGGAGCCCUGGACCCGGAGGAAUUCUACGCGGCCAUCCCGGAGCCUCCGGACGGUGGCUGGGGCUGGAUGAUCGUUGCCGCCUCGUUCCUGUGCAACAUGGUGGUCGACGGCAUCGCUUACACCUUUGGAAUCUUUUUCCCCGAAUUCGUGGACCACUUCAAGGCACCCAAAGGAACCGUCGCCUGGGUUGGAUCAUUGCUCUCGGGGUGUUACCUGAGCGCCGGCCCAUUGGUGAGUGCCUUGACAAAUCGGUACGGCUGUCGGGCGGUGUGCAUCGGCGGGAGCGUGGUGGCCUGCAUCGCGUUCUUGCUCAGCACAAUCGUACAAGACGUGGGCAGCCUAAUGGUCACAUUUGGUUUGAUGGCUGGUGUCGGCUUCGGUCUCAUCUAUCUACCGGCCAUCGUGAGCGUGAACCAAUACUUCUCCAAGAAGCGCGCGCUGGCUACAGGAAUUGCCGUCUGCGGCUCCGGCAUGGGUGCGUUCGUGUUCGCCCCUUUCUGCCAGUACCUGCUCACCGUCUACAACUGGAAAGGGGCACUCAUGAUCCUGGCCGGACUGUCGCUCAACUGCGCCGUGUUUGGCGCACUCAUGCGGCCGCUCCUUGCGUCGGACAACCCGCACACCAAGCCGCUUCUUCAGCGGAUCUGGGAGGAAAAAGAGCGACAGCGGCAGGACUCGCUCUGCAACAGCCAGUUUUUCUUGGUGCAGCACGCGGACGGGACCAUCGAGAAGAGGCAAAAGCUGCUUCUGAACACCGAGCCGGGUGUCCACUCGACCCUGUAUCUCGACCAGUGGGGCAAGUCUCCCAUGGACACGCCUGUCAUCACGCUGUCCCCCAUUCAGGAGGCCAGGCCGUCCCGUAUGGGCUCAAAGGAAGACCAAAACGACGAUUCUGGGGAGUCGGGAAAGGAGAACGGCGGUACUAAGAAGGCUUCACCGCUCAAGGAAGCAAUCCUGGCACCCACAGAGCCUGAAAAGGAUGCAUUGCAGCAGUCCGUCGUUGACGACGAGAAGACAGCCACCGAGACAACCCAGAUGAUUCCUUCCGAACCAGACAACCAGGCUUCCGUUAACCAAACAGCACCGAACGGCCACGUCCCGAAUGGUGGUCCUACGGUGACGGUGCCAGCGGCCGUGUCGGCCAUUCAGGAGAUCGCCAAACGCAAGGGUAUCAUGUCGUCCAGAAGCGCCACCAAACUGUGUCUGUCCAACAUCACGAUGGGAACCGAGAUGCGUAGGAACAGCUCGUCUCCACGCAUGUCUUCGAGUGGCUACGUGUACACGGGUGCAGCAAACCGGCCGCAUGGCCGGCUGGCUACGUCUGGCGAGGUCUGGAAGCGCGUAUCGCAGGAGACCGUGGCCGGCGGGCCGCGCCAGAUCCAGAAAGCCAAGAAGAAAGACAUUGCUCGGCCCAUGUACCGCAAGGACAUCUUUUACAGCGGAAGUGUAGUCAACCUCCCCGAGUACCGUCAGUCGCAGGGCGACGUUCGUUCCUACGUCGCCAGCGUCUUGACCCUACCAGCGACAGACACCAUCCCUGCAGCCAGUGGCGUGGAUCUUCCAGAUGGCAAGCCCGGGGCAGGUUCCUUCUGCCCGCCCUGCCUGCGUCUGCCGGCCUCCAUGAGCGACACCCUCGCUGACAUGUUAGACAUGGAAUUGCUCAAGAACCCAGCUUUCGUUCUGGUCUGUGUCUCCAACAUCGUGGGCAUGAUGGGCUUCUGCAUACCUUUCAUGUACAUUGCCGACUCCGCCGUGCUCAAGGGCAUCGACAAGGACAAGGCAGCCUUCCUUCUUUCGCUCAUCGGUAUCACGAACAUGAUCGGACGUCUCAUAUUCGGCUGGCUCUCUGACCUGCCCCAGAUCAACUGCCUACUACUCAACAACCUUUCACUCUGCCUGAGCGGCAUCGCUGUGUUCAUUUUGCCCUUCUGCUACUCUUACUCUACCACCGUGGCCACGUGCAUGAUCUUCGGGCUAAUUGUCGCUGCAUAUAUUUUGCUCACAUCAAUCAUCCUUGUGGAGCUCUUUGGUCUGGACAAUCUGACAAACUCGUUCGGCUUACUCAGCCUGUGCAGAGGAGCUGCUUGUAUGGUCGGACCUCCUCUAGCAGGUACACUGUUCGACAUGACGGGCUCGUACGACGUUCCGUUCUUCGUCUCAGGCACCAUGCUGAUUGUGUCUGGCGCCAUGUCUUUCUUCAUACCAUGCGUGCGCAACACGGCCAUCAAGCCAGAACCGCUGCCGGAUAUCGCUUCUCCUCUUGAAGAGAUCCCCGAGGAAAGCGACGUGCCCGAAGAUGAGGAAGAUAACGUCGAGAGCAUCGUCUAAAGCACACCUGUCCCACCCACCGAGACAUCUGCAUGCUUCAUUACGGCUCUUGGUCGGCUCAACCCGCCUCUUGAAGUGAGGCUUGCAUAUGCCGCACUCGCACUUGACAUCAAAUGGGGUAGCGGCGCUACUCAUGGAACAAGUAGGAAUACCGACAGGGAGAGCCUACGAAUAAGGAGAGACGACCGGUGAUUAGAGACACACGUCUCCUUGCUUAAUGGUACUACCUGACAUGACUUUGUCUCCUGGCUCCGAGAGCAACCGGCUUUGUCUUUUCGUCACCAGUACCCGGUGUCUGACCCUUCUCCAUUUGCUAGGUCGACUUUUUUCUCUCUUUUUUUUUUUUUUGCUUCGUUUACCGCUCCCACAUGUCGAUGCUUGCAGCAACGAUGUCACAUGUUGUGGUUUCUUCAACGUCGCCACUUCUUCACCUUCACGCCUGCAAUGCCAAGCGCCUCGCCGGCUGCGCAAAGAAGCCAACCGAACCAAAGCCCUUUUCAUCCUUCCUAACGCGCUCUGCGGCCAUGUACCCCGACUCAUUUCACCGAAAACUCCGGUUGGAAAAAAGAAGGUACACUGAAGAAUUCGGGCGUGCUUGGUAAUCGGGACGUCUGUACGCUACGUACGUUUUAGUGCGCGCUUGACGAGAAGCGAUUAUUUUCUUGGCUUUGAAAGGUCGCACAUAACUUUCGUAUGUGUUUUUGUGUGCCAGUAUGUGCGUGUGUAGUGUAAGGUGCCAUGCUCUGAUGAUAAAUGGUGGAUGCCGGGAAAAAAAUGAGGUUCAGCUUCUCUAAGUGUUCGCGCUUCUGUCACCGAGUAUCGCCGUACAUGACGUUUGAUUAUCGUUGUGUUUCGGAAAGAGGCAGAGGACGCCGUGUCAAAGAUGUCUUUCGUUGACGACAAGCUGUGAGGCUUCGCGUACGGAGUUUUUCUCGUGCUUUGGUCAAGCGGACCAGUGAAAAGUAGACAAGUGAAAUGGAAUGCAAGAUGUAAAGGACGAAAGAACUACCAAGAAACACGUGUGAAACGGCAUAGGAACUUGUCUUUUUGUUUGCGUCACAUAAGGCGCCAUCUUGUUUCAGACAUUGCACUUGUUUUUGUGUUUUCUCGGCGAAGAAAUUUGUGACUUUCGGGAAGACGACCAGCGCUCCCUCUGCGGACAAUGCGCGGAGAGUAGUACUAUGUGCAGUGAUGGCAGUGGUGCGCUAAUGUCCUUUUUCUCUCCUUUAUUUUGUGUCUUUGUCUUUUUGGAAUUCUCUUCGUUGUAUUUUGCGUUGGAUCCUAUGACAAACACAUAUGAUACUAGACAAAAAAAAAAAACAGGAAAGCAACGUGUGGGGAAAUCCACCCCCGACUUUAUCGUCGUAUGAAUAACGCAUUCCAGUGUGCACAAUGAAACUUACGGGAAUGAAGUUCUUCGCUAAGAUUAAAGGAAGUAAAUGUUAAACGGAUGUGCGUUAAAUGCAUCCACACAAAUACACACAACUCAUGAUUGUAGUGACUACAUAUCUGUGAUAUAUGCUCCCUGGCCCGACAGCUAAUUGCUACACCGCAAGACUCUAGAUAACAACUACGACGUGUUUGUUCACCAAAAGAACACCACAGUAUUUUGUUCUUGUUUUUUCUCGUAGCCAAAGUGUAGCCAGAGUUACUACCGUGCGGACGUAGUGUUGUGACUGCUUUUACCUUCAGCGCUGUGCCCUACCUGCGGAGAAAAAAAAAAAAAAGACGGGACUCCGCGUUUCUUCUUUUGCAUUUGGUGUCAAACGUGUAUCUAAUGUUUUAAACUUUAGGACCAUCAUCAUUCAUUGUCUUCAUAUUUAGUAACUAGUUAACAAAGCAAACUUAGACUUGAAACUGGUUCUCAUGAGAACGCGCAUGUGUGUCCACAAGGAGACAUUCCAAUAUGCGUGGCAACCUCACACAUUAUCCACGGAGAAAGCGGGAGCUGAGCGAGUAGUGGAAGGCAACCCAAGCUUUAAAUUCUUUUGCCGCGAGCAGAGUCCUAUCUUGUUUUGUUGUGUAAGUUAGUGGCUUUGCAGUCUCUUGCUCAGCGAGCUUCGGUUGACGAAUCUGUGCCAGUAGAACGGUUAGUGGUCUGCGUUGCGGUAUUUAUCACGGCUUGUUUAGAAGAAUGAGCCCAUGAAGUGUGAAAAAUAUUUUACGGUACCCAGUCCCCUACACAGCGUUUUCGUAUGAUGUACAAAAGCAACGACAGCACCAACUAAAUUUUGUCGUUUGCCGCGCCUCAGAGAUGUAAUUGGCAAGCUCACAGUUGAAAGAAGUUUUGUUUAAGGUGACGAUGAAAUACAAAUACGAAAGCUGACGUCGCACGUUGAUUUGCUCCUGCUUUUAAUUUGCUACACUGGGUGCUAGUUAGCAGUUUAUCACAAUUUAUAGACAUGUCAAUUACUAAAUGAUUAAAUUAUUUAUUGAACAAUACAUCAAUUUUCCCAUCCACGUUCAAAGUUCUACUGGUUCCAGCGCAGUAAUUCUAAUCAGCGUCGGCCACAGAGCCGUUGUGCGUCACGGAUCCAAAAGCCGGAGUGAGCCAACCAACGCCUAAAAUAAAGUGUGCUGUACACUGUAGACCGCGUAGGAACUGCUGUAGGAGCCAGACACGUCGCUGUUACGUUCACGCAAACAGCUUUGGGCCCUAUGGCGUGAUGGCGCGAGCGUGUGUUCUUAGUGUGGAGCACCUUGGGGUCAACAUUUCUUAAUGCGUAGGCCCGAUACAGCCUUGUCAGUUGGGAACAGCCAUAGAGGAGAACGCACGCAUACGCCUUUUUUGAGAGCAUAUGUAAGUGACGCGGUCCAUUUUGCAACGCCCACAGACAUUCACACACACAGAGACACACACACAGACGGUGCAAUCAGUGCUGCUUGCGCUACCGCACGCAGUCAAGAAGAUGGCCUUGAUAGACUCCUUGGGUUGCAUGUUCGCCGACAGAGCCUUUUAAUGUACUAAAGGACGGCAGAGUGAAUGCUGAGAUCCUUUCUUCUCCGCAGCUCUUGGAAAAGAAUAAAGCUGUUAUUUGUUUACGCCCUA